UGAGUGAGGGUAAAAGGAAAGGGUCAAGAAGAAAGAGACAUUUGAUGAACAGAAGAAGAAGAAGGAGAAGAAGAAGAAGAAGCGAAAAGGGUUUGGGGUGAGUGAGAGUGCAUAGUUCCAAAUCCAAUCCGUGGUCGAAUGGGGAUUCUGUACGCGCUGGUAGGUCGUGGAUCGGUGGUGCUGGCGGAGUUCAGCGCCACCACCACCAACGCAAGCGCAAUCGCCAGACAGAUUCUCGACAAGAUCCCUGGCAACAACGACACGCACGUUUCUUACUCUCAGGAUCGCUACAUCUUCCACGUGAAGCGCACCGAUGGACUCACCGUUCUCUGCAUGGCCGACGACACCGCCGGCAGGAGGCUUCCUUUCGCCUUUCUCGAGGACAUUCACCAGAAGUUCGUGAGGACUUACGCGCGCGCCGUUCACACCGCGCAGCCUUACGGCAUGAACGAGGAGUUCUCUAGGGUUUUGAGUCAGCAGAUGGAGUACUAUUCCAGUGAUCCUAACGCCGAUAGGAUCAAUCGGCUCAAAGGUGAAAUGUCUCAGGUACGAAAUGUCAUGAUAGAAAAUAUUGACAAAGUUUUGGACCGAGGUGAUAGGUUGGAAUUGCUGGUGGAUAAAACUGCUAAUAUGCAAGGAAACACACUUCGCUUCCGGAAGCAAGCUCGUCGUUUCAGAAGCACUGUCUGGUGGAGAAAUGUCAAGCUUACGAUUGCACUUAUAGUCGUCCUACUUGUGAUAGUUUAUAUUGUGUUGGCUUUUGUUUGCCAUGGGCCUGCGCUGCCAUCUUGUCUUAAGUGAAGGAUUGUCAAGUGAAUUUUAUGUGUGCUUCCUUGUCAUCAUCAGCUUGCAGAGAGGUCACUUCUUUUGUAUCUGCCUUUGUUAUGCAGACUCCCAUUUCUUCAACUUAAAUUUCCGGGUUGUCCACUUUCAUGCUAGUGAAUUUCUUGCAAUAGAUUCAAGUGUUUUGGGUUGUAUUUUUCACUGAGGCUUGAGAGGCAAAGCAUUAUGUAUGAUAUAUAUUGUUUCUCAUACCAGCUUGAGGGUGUCAUGGAUGUUCUCUUGUCUUGUUCAAUAGGUGGAAGAGUAAACCUUAAAUUUCAUGUGUUCCUUCAUUGCUCAGUUAAGGGGUAUUUUUAAACUGUUUGGGCCUGUUCUCGUCAAAUUGAUGCAUGUGAACCACAUAAGCAUAAUGUAUAUUAUAUUUAUCUUUUUGUGUAACUUUUUUUUUGUGUGUGUGAACUGCGACGUGUGAAGACUCGUGACUUAAUUUUCUUUUUGGUUGGGUGAUUCUGAAAUGGUCCAAACUCCAAAGUGAUUGUAAUAGUUUAAGAGACCUAUAUCAUUAUUAUCAGCAGAAACGUUUCUGAUA